AGAUUCUAAGCAGGUGCCAGGUAGCUUGCUUUCGAUAUCCAUGAUGACUUCUCUCAUUCCUAGCAGUGAAUGUCGAGUUAGUUCUGUUCUUCAACGUAAUGUGAAAGAAGUUGGUAAACAGUUCAUGUUUGACAAUAACCCUUCCACUUGCUGGAAUAGUGAUCAAGGUUCUCCCCAGUGGGUUGCUUUCAAGUGGACAGAAAAAGUUAUUCCAAUAAGCAUCUUGGCUACAUUUCAGGGAGGCUUCUGUGGUGGCCGUGAUACUGCAAUUCAGGUGUGGAAUGACGACACUGAGAAGUGGGCUGAGCUCUGCCCCUGGUAUCUUGAAGACUCUGGCAGUGAACAACAGCUGCUGUUGCCUGCAGGUGUCCUGACUAGCAGGCUGCGGCUCUUCUUUCCGUCUUCUACAGAUUUCUUUGGUAGGAUUAUUAUGUACAAACUUGAAGUUUCUGGUAGUAAAUCUUAGUACCCAAUCAAAUCUUAAGUUUUAUUUGUCUCCGUCAGUUAUUUCCAUACAACUUUUAGUUGCUCCUUGAAUGAAGUCAUUAAGCUAACUACUUGGAGUAGGUGAUACGUAGUAAACUAUGAAUUCUUAUUUGAGUUUCAGCUCGAGAAAUAUUGUAAUGAUUAUAAGAAAUAUUUUGAAGUUAUUUACAGAAAUAAUCUUAGCCCUGAACUUAUCAGCAGGCAGUAGAUCGUCGUACGAUUUUUUUCCUCGGGGUCUGAAAACUGUUGUGCUGCUAUGCAAUCUCAUAAUAUUAUCUCAUCCGAAAUAAUAGUAAUCAUAUACGCUUUUUCCAUGGAUUAAUUGAGUUCCGUUUGUUAUAUUCCUACUAAAUGACGUAAUGAGAGCUAUACACCAUCAAAGGGUUAGACGUGAACGCAUAUUGCGAUGCAGUCAAGUUGCUGUGUGGUUCCUUAAAUAUUCCAUUAAAUUUCUUGAAAAUUUCGUAGUUCUAGUUCGUAGAAUUUUAAAUUGCCUGAAAAUCGUAGUUCUGAAUUGGCAGUAUGAGUAGUAAAAGGGCACUAGUUAGUACCGGUACUUAUCAUAUCGAUUCCUAAAUAGUAUAAUGAUUGUUCUUAAGAUUCUCUUAUGUAGGAAUAAUUUCAUCGGCUAGGUAUUCAAAUACUUGAUUUUCACUUUGCUUUUAUUUCGUGGACCGGCGUAUUUUAUAAUUUUUGAUUAGUUUAUUGCCGUGUAGUUACGUUAAAGUUUAAAAAUGCAAGAUGGGAGCAUAAAAAUACAUGUAGUUUUAUUUAGAUUUAUUACUCAACGAAAAUAAAACAUUUCAACAAAAACUGAAAGAAACACAAUGUAUAAGAAAACAAUUGAGCAAAACAGUGACUAGUAAAUUACAUAUCCUUGCAUUCCGUCGUAAAUAAAAUUUUCAUAGCUGCGACAGUCAAGAUAGCUGCACGACUAUUGUCUCUGGAAUGUUAUAUUGUUCCUGGAAGGUUGUAAUCUGAUAAUUCCAACUGGCCUCUUCAAAUGAAAAAUACAU